AGAGCAAAGGGGAGGAAACGAGGAAGAAGAGAGGGAGAGUUAGGGUUAGGGUUUUUUAGGGGGUACGACAAUGGCGACGGCGGCGGCGGCGACGGCGACGAGCACGGCGGCGGUGCCGUUCUGGAGGGCGGCGGGGAUGACGUACAUAACCUACUCCAACAUCUGCGCCUCCCUCGUCCGAUCCUGCCUCAAGGAGCCCUUCAAGUCCGAGGCCACGUCACGGGAGAAGGUCCACUUCGCCAUCUCCAAAUGGGCCGAGGGAAAGCCCGAGAAACCCACCAUCCGCUCUGAUUCACCUGAAGAAUGAGAACCGGUGCACAAGUUGGAUGAAGAUGGGCUUCAUCGCAAGCUUUUGUUUGUUUUCAAGUGCUAAUGCAUAUUUGCUGUAAAAUCAGUGCGUGUACUCUUGAUUGGCGAGUACUAUCUAUCGAAACAGCUCAGAGAUAAAGCAUCCUUGAAUAAAAAUUAUUAUCAUGUUGGUACAGUUAAGCAACUGCUCGUUUGACUAUUGGAAUUUGGUUUAUUGAACCAUGUAUUAUGGAUUUAUUCUACACGGUUACCGUGUUUUAUCCUAUUUCAUUUCAUAUUGUUUUCU